UAUCAAGAUGUGCAAGUGCAUGUUGUACGUGCUUCUCCUGCCCCUCGUCCUUCAUACAGGGCAGUCAACCGGUACCCCGUUCAUCGGGGCUUCCACGAGGGCGACGCUCGCUUCGGCUUCAUUGUACAGCGUCGAAAUAAUGUCACUGGACGAAGUGUCAGCGCCAGGCAGCAACCCAGGAGCACAAGCACAAGUCCAAGGCCCUUUACAUGGCCGGGGCACGAAUUCGAAUUCAACAUCGAAGCAUCCUGACUUACUACAUGAGGAGCACAAGGAAGAAAACCUGGAGCAGCAGCAUAAAAACCAACAUCAGAUGAACCAUACCGCAGCACACUCUACUUCGGUUGGAACGGCCACCACACCUUCUUCAAGAUCCACCUUUCCUCAAGGCAAACGUUUAGCGUUCCAUCUAGUCGCCGAGCCCUCACGAUUGCCACACGUUGAGCGCGUGCGACAGCUUGAGCGCGUGAUAGUCCUCAAUUAUCCUGAGGCUGGACUCGUGACACAAAGCGACUAUUCUCCAGAUAAUCGACGCGGCUUGCAUACGGUGGUUUCGUGGUUAGCACGAAGCCUCCUAGACUCCCCAUCCGAUACGGAGUGGUUUAUUUUCCUGGAGCCUGGCUCUGAGCUCAUACUUCGGCAAGAGGGAGGUGGUGCUUUUUCAGAUGGAGGCGAGACUGGCCAAACCAACAACAAAAGAGGAGCCUCUGGUAGCGGAGACAAGAAAGGGAACAACAAAAAGUCAGUGUCUUCCGAACUAAAACUCAUUGUGGCCGAACUUGAGAAAGAAUCAGUAGCGCGCGUUGGCAUUAUCGAGGGAGCAUCUUUACAUGUGCAGCAACAAGGUCAUGAUCAAAAACAAAGUAGUGCCUCCACUACCUCUCGUCUAGCCUUCUUAGCGAAUGAGCUUACUUCGGAUGCCGGUGAGCUCCUGAUCAUUCACCACUACAAUCAGGCAGCGAUCGACUAUCCCGUUGACUACAAUUUUGCGUUGAGUCGACCACUGGCAGAAGCCUUGGUGGCAAAUGAACGCAGACUGAGGGAUAAGAUUGAUUUUGUCAUCGAUCCCCUCUACGAAAUGAUGCAAAUGAUAAGCAAACUAGGCGACGACGUAGCAUUCAUGCGGAAACACGCUUGGCCUAUCCAGGUACGAGAGUGGGGAACAAAGGAGAUCGCCGGUAACGAACAGGAUAUUGCCGCGCGUAUUUUAGGCGAUAAUGCUAGUGCUACGCCUGGUGUCGUGACAAGUCCAAAACUAAAUCCUCACUCUAGGGGCUCAACCUCGUUGCCUUCGACUUCUUCUCUAUUUCGGGGCAGCACAUUUCGCUUCGACCUCAGUGAGAAGACGAUUGUGAUCGCAGUGAAGACCACUGCUGCCAAUUUACGCAAACGAGUGGCCUCAGUCUGGCGCAGAGCAUUCUCCUUACCAGAGGCGUGGGUUCGAGGGCCACAGAAACUCGAGAUUGUCUACAUGCUCGAUCAAGAGACUGCUCUGUCAGAUGCAAAGCUGGCUUUUCUGCAGACUUUCGAGGAUCAUACAAGUAGUGGCAUCUUAUCUUUUCAUCCGAAGCCGGCGAAAGCUGCUUCUGAAACUAGUGGUGAUGGUGCUACGACAAGGACAAAGAUGUCUCGAUCAAGCCACGAAAAGCAAGUCCGCACGGUCUUGCCAAAGCUUAUUGUCGAAGAAGAAGAUGUUGACGAGGAGAAUGCGGAGAUAAAUGUGCCACCAAGAAAUCCUAAUCCGGCAAAGUUCAAUACGAAAACUAAACGCUUCUUUUUCGAAGUCGUCUCAACAGUUUUGGCUGCAGACAAUUCGUCUUCUGAGAACGCCUUACUUGAAUCUCUGCCAUCGGACUUGAUACGGCACGUGGAAUUGUAUCGUUCAGAACUAGAGAAGUCGAGGAAGGACGACGAAAACAAUGAAGAAAUAGAAAACCACCUAGAGCUAGGGGACGAGGAGGAGCAUUUGGACUAUCUUUUUUCUGAUAGUGUCAGAGAAUCGUUCGUGAUCUUGCCCAUCAAGAACACAAAGCGUGGUCAUUGCGAGAAGAUGACUUCCAUCUUGAAGCAUCUCGCGGUGACAUCAGACUCAGACCCUGCAGAAGUGGAACUACCUGCUCAGAACGGCAGUACAGCAGCUAGUGCUUUUUUCACAAUUUUCGAUUUCGCGUUUGUAGCCGACGAUGAUACUUUGCUUAAUGUCCCAGCGCUUUUUGACGCGUUCAAAGAGUUCGACUCGAAUCAAGACCUGUAUCUCGGCGAGCGCUAUGGCUAUGGCAUACAGACUAUUUUGCCUAAGAGGAAGGGCAAGGAUGCGUCAGCCCAAGAUGAACGUCUUCGUGUUUCAGGUUACGACUACAUCACGACCGGUGGCGGCUUGGGUUUGACACGCAGCACAGUCUCGAAGUUUCGCGAUGGGUAUGGGCGCGAUUUCCGGUGUCGUGACCCCGAUACCCCAGACGAUAUGGCCCUCGGCCAGUGGUUUUCGCACCAUUUGCGCAUACCGGCAACGCACCACCCGGGUUUUCGUCAACGACGACCACAAGACUAUCCGUCUGCCUAUCUUUUCGCAGGUGGGGAACCGAUUUCCUUUCACAAUGUCUUCUCUCGAACGCAUGACCCUCUGCGAUCAAUCUGGUACCCCUACUUGGUGCGAGAAGCGUGGAAACAAAGACUUCGAGACGAACAGGAAGUGGAAGUAAACGAAGAACAACAGAUGUUAGAAGCAAACAAGGGCACAACAAUUGAUGACGAACAGCAUGAAUCGAGCAUUAAGACGCACAAUGAACGAAAGGAGGUUCCUUUCCUUCUUGAGAUUUUUCACUCCAUUGAGGGCAGCAGCACCAGUAGGUUCAAUCAGCAACAGAGAACUCGUAAGUCUCGCGAUACAGCGGAUUUGUAG